GCAGUAUAAGGCCUUAACAACAGCCUGGACACAUCUCUGUGUGUGUGUGUGUGUAUUUGUUUAUUUCUACUUUUGCCUCUGAGAGAAAGAUGGUUGGUCAUCUGUCCUAACAGAGAGAUGGUUUCUUUGUAUUUUACGUUGCAGGGAUAGGGUGGUGGCUUCGCAGGCCAAUAGUAGCUUUGAUGCGGCACAGUCAUCCAUUAUGAAAUUUUCUGAGGAACUGGAUUUGGAUGAUUUUGGUGAUGAUGUGUAUGCCAUUCCAAAAGUAUUGCCAGUUUGUUACAGCAACCCUGUGGUGGAUGCUCCCUCUCCAAGUGAAACUGAUGAGCAUAGCAGGAUUAAGGCAUUAGUUAAUACUCCAGCAUUGAACUGGCAGAGGCAAACUCAAAAGGGUUUCUGCUCUGGUAGAGGUUAUGGAAGUGGCACUGGUACAAGAAUGAUGCUGGGUUAUGGCCGGGCUGGGCAGGAUCAGAUGACGCCUCCACAGGGCUACGUAUGUCAUAGAUGCAAAAUAUCUGGACAUUUUAUACAACAUUGCCCUACGAAUGGUGAUCCGAACUAUGACUUUAAAAGAGUGAAACCCACAGCUCGUCCGCUUCCGGUUUUGAAUGAGGCUGCUUUUGAGAAGGAAAUUGAAGGGUUGCGUUCCACCCAAUCCGUCACCAAUCUUCCACCAGAACUUCACUGUCCUAUGUGCAAGGAAGUAAUGGUAGAUGCUAUGCUAACAAGCAAGUGCUGUUUUACGAGCUUUUGUGACAGAUGUAUCAGGAACCAUAUUAUUUCAAACUCAGUGUGCUUUUGUGGGGCCACAAAUAUGCUUGCAGAUGAUCUUGUACCUAAUGUGACCCUUAGGGAAACCAUCAACAGGCUCUUAGAAAAUUCUGGUAGCAUGAAAAUCCAAGGUACCAACUCUGCCUGUUAUGAUCAGUCCAAAGUUCUCUCUCCCACUAUUUCUUUUGCAUCAAGUGGAGAUAAGAUAUCAUUACCAAAGAAGGAUGGAACUUUAUAUAUAAAGGAGACAACAAAUGAGAAAAAGGAUAUCACCAAUGCCCAACAAUCAUCUUUGGAGGAAGGGACUGGUGGUGAAUUAGUGACUCUGAACAAGAACAACAUGCUGAAGGAGCUGGCUUCCAAUGAGCCAGGAAAGGAGAAAAAGAAAACCUGCUUGCCAGUAAAUGAUGGGGACAAUCAGUGGAGUACCCCUCCAGAUCUUGUACCUGGAGACUGUAUGAUGCCUCUUUGCUCUUCAGCUUAUCCACAUGGGGCGAACAUACCACUUGGAAUGGAUGGAUAUAUGGCUUAUUAUUCUGGUGUUACGUCCCACUGGGGUUAUGCUGCUGCCUACUUUAAUGUUCCUGUUGGAGGACCUAUAUCUCAAGGCACUUUUGUUGGACAUUCAGAUUCGUUGUCACAUCAAAGGGAUCUAACAGAGAGAGUUUGGAUCUCAAACCCAAUAUCUCCCAUCAUGACAAAAGAUGAGUCUGAGGCCAAGAGAUCUGAGCCGAGGAGGAAGCAUAAGACAAAUCAUCGUGGAAAAAGAAGAUGUUCCAGCAGACAACACUAUGAUCAAGUGAACAACAGUGUUGAUGUUUCUUCAGUGAGAUCCAAACUUUUUGUGGUUGCAGAACAUGCACGCCACAAUGACCAGUUCCACCAAGCUGAGAAGUCUAGUACGGAGCAAUCGGUGCAAAAGGUAGAAGUAGUCCAGCUCCAUGAAAGGCUCUACCAGUAUCAAAAUCAAGACCAUCAACAUAACAAGGCUGCAGCAGACAGGAAACGGAAGGGUAGUGAGCUCUCAAGUACAAACUUCACUGAUCAGGAUAUCAGCAAGAAGAGUCCCAGAGAGGCUGGUAAUUCCAACAAUAAGAAACAGCUACUGUGUUCGACGGAAACAUCUGUCUCUUGUGGCCAGAGAGAACGCAGAAGCACCCUUGAUCGCGACGGGAAUGAUGAAGAUGAAGAUGAUGAUGAUCAAAAUUUCAAAAGGCAACCCUCCUGGUAUCGAUCAUCGCUGACAUUUCAAGAGCGAGCAAUCCCAGUAUGAAUCAACAGUGCCACCAGUUUUUGGGAAGAACACUUAUGCCUACUUGAGGACCGACAUUUUAACAGGAAGACUUGAUGUGCAUAGAUAAGUGGUUUGGCUU